UAACUCUAUAAGGAGGCUAAUGAACUAAGAGUCUCAACGGAGACAAAAUGUGAAAAACAAUCAGCAAAAGUGGAGCAGUUUGUUUAGCUUAAGGGAAAAAGAAAACAGAUUCUGCUUGGAAGAUAACAGGAUAUGGAAAAUCUUGUCUCUGCUUCCCCUCCUCAUCUCUCUUCUUGCACAACUCCACAAUGACAGGAGGGUCAUUCCUCUUCCUGCGCUCCUCCAUACUAGUUGUUUUGUCUUUGUUCUCACAGUUCGGAGCUUCACAGCAGAUAGGAAUGGGACUGAGGAGAGCGAUCGUUCUGGUUGUGUUGAUGGGGAUGACAUGGAGCGUCAAUGUGACAACAAUCAGACCUGAAACUGUUUCCACAUUCGCUCAUCCUGAGACUGCCGAGGAGAACACAGAACAGAAAGAAGCAGUAGCAGUGGAGGAGGCUGAAGAGGGUGUGAUGGCGACAGGUGAGCUGAAUCCCAGUCACUACCCCGCUCAGAGGGCCGCAAAGGUGGUCCAACACUACCUCAACACCCACUACGGCUCCCCCUACAAACUGUUUGGGUUAGAGCGGGUCUACAGUGCAAAGGCAGAGGAUGUGGCAGACUCUGGGAGAAAGUAUCAGCUGGAGAUUUCAGUGCACGAGAUCAUCAGCAAUGCAAAAGAGAAGUGUUCGGCGGAGGUUUUCUUUCCAAGAGGAGAAAAGCAGCUCUCACCUCAGGUCCAGGUCUCCUCAUGUGAGGAGCUCUUUAAGAUUGAUGCUAAGCCUGAAGAAGAGGCCUUAUUCCAGCAGUACAAGACCAAUAAAAUCCUGCGCACUGAAAAGCGUUUACCUGACAGCUACGGUAACAUGGACCCAGAGAUGACUCCUUUCUGGCACCUCAGCAUUGUGGCUUCCAGCUUCAUCAUGCUGACUGAGUCCACAGAAAACACUCUGUACAACAUGGCUCAGGUGGCCAACAUCACACAGCUGGCAACAGAAAAUGAUCAGCUGAAGUUUGACUGUCACGUACUGCUUCAUGAAAUGGUGUCUCAGGAAAUUCCUCAGUGGAAACUGCUGUUCACCUGGUCCCCUACAGAGGGCGUUAAGGUGCUGCAGACGGAGCAGCUGCCUCACCUUCAUGAAGGUGAAAAACAUCCAAAAACCAACUGAUCUGCUGCUGUUUGCCAAACUGAGGUUGCAACACUUUGUGCUCGGAUAUUUCUUUGUUCUGUGUUCAGAAUGAUGCUGCAAGAUCUGAAGCAAGAUUUGCUGUUUAUUCCUGCAGCAUAAACGGCUUGAAAUACACAAAAGCUGGAUUUAUACUCAAUAAAGUUUUUAAAGGUU